AUGGCUUCCCACGACGAUGAUACCAUGCCCGAGGAGACUCAGGGCUACAAGCUCUCCCAGCCUAAGCAGAGUCUGGCUGAGUACCAGCAGAUGGACGCUGGCGAUGAGUCUCUCCAGCGAUACAAGGAGUCCCUUGGUCUUGGAGGUGGCACCGAUAUCUCUGAUCCUAACGAUCCCCGAGUCUGCAUCAUUCUCUCCUUGACCAUGGACUCCCCCGGCCGUCCUCCCGUCACCAUCGAUCUCUCUACCCCUGGAAGCGAGACCACCCUCAAGGACAAGCCCUUCAACAUCAAGGAAGGUGCCAAGUUCACCAUGAGCGCCAAGUUCAAGGUUCAGCACGAGAUUCUCAGCGGCCUCCACUACGUUCAGGUUGUUAAGCGAAAGGGUAUCCGCGUCUCCAAGGACUCUGAGAUGAUUGGCAGCUACGCCCCCAGCACCGACAAGCAGCCCACUUACAUCAAGAAGUUCCAGGAGGAGGAGGCUCCCAGCGGCAUGCUCGCUCGUGGCCACUACAACGCCAUCUCUAGCUUCGUGGACGACGAUAAGAAGAAGCAUCUCGAGUUUGAGUGGAGUUUCGAUAUCGCCAAGGACUGGUAG